AAUCUUGAUUUGGUUCAUUUUUUUUGGCUGUUCAGUGCUUUUUCACUGAUGAAAAUGGCCUGUGUGUGCAAUAGGAAAAACUGGAGGCGAUGGAUCCGACCCCUGGUCAUACUCAUUUAUAUUGUAAGCAUGCUGAUCUUUGUUACCUUUGGUGUUUCGAAGUUUCACCAACAGGAGAAGGUUGGAGUACACACUAAAGCGUGGUUUAUUGCUGGUAUCUUCAUGCUGGUGACGGUACAAGUGUCCUUCUGGGGGAUUCUGCAACACUUGGUGCAUUUCACACAACCCAAACUUCAAAAACCUAUUAUGAGGAUUCUUUGGAUGGUUCCAGUAUACAGUUUAGGUAGUUGGUUGGCCUUAAAAUUCCCCAAAGUUGGAAUAUAUGCCGAUACCUGUAGAGACUGCUAUGAAGCUUACACCAUUUAUAACUUUAUGAUCUUCCUUACCAAUAAUUUAACAAUUCGGAUCCCGAAUAUAAUGUUAUACCUGGAAGCAAAGGAUCAGCAACAGCAUCUCUUUCCACUCUGCUGGUGUCCACCAUUGGCGAUGGGAGAAGUGCUGCUCUUUCGAUGCAAACUGGGAGUCCUGCAGUACACUGUGAUCAGACCAAUUACCACUCUUAUAGCAUUGAUAUGUGAAAUGGUUGGUGUCUACAAUGAAGGGAAAUUUGGUUUCUCCAAUGCGAGGACUUACUUGGUUAUAAUAAAUAAUUUGUCAGAAGUGAUUGCCAUAUGCUGCCUCCUGCUGCUUUACAACAUGCUGAAGGAAGAGCUUAGCCCUAUAAAACCCGUUGGCAAAUUUCUUUGUGUCAAACUGGUAGCCUUUGUCUUGUUUUGGCAAGCAGGCCUUAUAGCACUGUUGGUGAAGGUUGGCUUUAUUUCUGAAAAAGGUAUGUGGGAAUGGCAGAGUGCGGAAGCUGUGACCACGGGCCUGCAAGAUUUUAUAAUAUGCCUUGAAAUGUUUCUCGUGGCCAUUGCCCAUUACCAUGUAUUUUCCUACAAACCCUACGUGCAAGAGGCAGAGGAAGGCUCUUGCUUUGACCCUUUCCUGGCCAUGUGGGAUGUAUCCGAUCUCAGAGAUGAUAUUUCUCAACAACUAAGACGCCUGGGGAGAACAAUGAGAGGGCAUCAGAAAAAAAAAUGUCUUCCUGAAGACCCGGAGCAUACCGAACACACAGGUCUGUUCAGUGAUGAUGUUCCCUCAUCAUCACAAGAUGCAGUUUCUGUAGGUUCAAAGCCAUCCUCACACCUGGGCCAAUAUCAGGCCUUUGCACACUCGAUUACUUCACAGAAUGCAGCCGCUGCAUCCAAGGCAUGUAAAGACAUUGUCAUUGAUAUCCCAGAAGAACAGGAACCUCCUGAUAAAGGCCAACAUCAAGACUUAGAAGACUCAUACUUCACAGGAUGCACUUUCUGAGGCCAAGCUAUGUGAAGAUGUAAUGAUUAAUAUCCCAGAAGAGCAGAAGGAGCCCCCUGACUAAUAAAUUUAUAUAUUAUUUUAAAGGGAGAACAAUGAAAUGUUAUCCAGAAAAAAAAAGUUUUUCUGAAGACUCGGAACAUUCUGAACACACAAGUUUGCUUUCCUGA